AAAUUUCUAAUUCUAAGACCUCACGAUUAACAGCUUCGAUCUUCUCUCUCAGCGAAAAGGGGCUUCUGGCAGCCUAGGGCACGUCGGCGACGGCGACGGUGACGUCGAUCCACCGCACGUUUUAAUGGAUGACCUUGCUGCUUAUUACGCUUCUGCAAUACAUAAUUCGUUUUACCAGGCACCUCCUCCUCCACCGCCCCCAGGGACGGCAAAUGCGCAGCCGGCUGCGGUGGCCCAGCCUAUUCACGUUCAGCCGCAGUUCGUCACCUACGGUUCCUCAAUUUACUCGCCGUCGUCCCAGGAUCAGGUGCGGACGCUCUUUAUAGCGGGGCUUCCGGAGGAUGUGAAGCCGCGAGAAAUUUACCAAUUGUUUCGUGAAUUCCCGGGAUACCAGUCCUCAAAUCUACGUCCUCCAACUUCAUCUAACAGUCAGCCAUUUGCUUUUGCAACAUUUUCGGAUCAGCAGUCAGCGCUCAUGGCUUUGCAUGCUCUGAAUGGUAUGGUGUUUGACCUUGAAAAAGGUUCUACAUUGUUUAUUGACCUUGCAAAAUCUAAUUCAAGGUCGAAGCGCUUGAGAGCAGAUGAUGAGAAUCAAGGUUCAGAAAAGAGACUAAAAGGAUCUGCAGCUCUUUCAAGGAGCUAUGAUUUUGCAGGUGUUGGCAGCAUUCACACGCCUGGAAUGGGUAAUUCUGCUCACAACACGAUUGGUUAUCCUUCCACACAAAGCUUCAGUGUUGCUGAUGGUGUAUUGCUGAAUGAAUCUGCUACCAAGUCGAACAAUCUUCCUUGUCCAACAAUCUUUGUGGCUAAUUUGGGUCCUACCUGCUCUGAGGAAGAGCUGCUACAAGUGUUUUCAAGAUGUCGCGGAUUUUUAAAAUUGAAGAUGCAGAGCACAUAUGGAGCUCCUGUUGCCUUUGUUGAUUUUCAGGAUACUGCCUGUUCAACUGAGGCUCUGAGCCAACUACAAGGUACAAUCCUCUAUUCAUCAACAUCCGGUGAAGGGAUGCGACUUGAAUAUGCGAGGUCACGAAUGGGAAUGCGAAGUAAGAAAUCAAGAUAAAAUUAAGUUCUGUGCUCAGCUCAAUAAAGAGCUCCGUCAGUUGGAGGAUGAAUCCGAAGCCCACAAUCAUGAACUCAUCUGCCAGUUAGCUUUAUUCGAGCUUCAGUCUCUAUUUUUACAUUAUAAUUGUUUAGCUUAGAUAUAUGUACAUCUUGCGCGUCGGUUUUUUUAACUUUCUCCAUGAUAUAUUUGCCUUUAGAUCAGUUU